CCGACACCUGACAAACUCGUCCUCAUGACUCCAGCCUCCCAUUUUGCUCCGCAUUGUAUAUUUCGAUGCACACAUCAUAAACGAGCUUGUCGCAGUCCCCAUGCUUGAUGGCGUCUAUGUCCGGCUCCAUGUUGUGAACCUCUGAAACAGACAGACACGUCUCUUUAUUCAUUGAUUCUGCAGACGAACUGCUUACCCACACUUGUAGGGUCAAACAAACACCCGCACCAGAAUUCCCGCCACGUGAGUGAUGUAGGUCCCCCCAGAUCAUCCUUAUGGUCGUUGUAUAUGUCCUCCAGCGUCACACAGUGUGACGAAUUCAUGUAAAG